GCUGAAUUUGCAGUUUUAUUUUAUAUCGAGUAAUUUGAUUCAAAGACGGGUCCAGGUGAACAGGUGAAGACAUUCUAAAAUAUUGACCUUUGUUACUUCAUCGAGAUGAUUGAAGGAACUUUGUGGCAUUAAGUGACGCAGUGAACAUUACGACUGUGCGAAGUUAAGAUUAGGUUAUCAUGUGCAAACUGAUACCUGCUCUAAAAUAAAGCUGACACACAGAAUAGUUAUUGCCUACUGCAAUUUACAAGAAAAGCGAAUAUGCUUUUGCAAAAAGUGUUAUGUUGUUAUAGAAAAGAAACGAUAAUAAAAAGACUGUUAUGGUUGGUAUGCAUAUGUUUAACAUUCACAGCAUAUAUGUUCCAUUUUAUGUUUGCUCUGCCAGUUCGUCACAUGACAGGCAAUAUUUCUCAAAGCAAUCAGGUCCGAAUCAUUGCAAAUAGAAACCAAAGUAGCAAUACAAACUCACUAUAUGAAAAUCCUUCAAAUUACUUACAAUCCGAUAGAUUUGAUUUGAUAAUCAAAAUGGUAUAUGCAUAUUUCUAUGCUCAUAAAAAUCAAGUUCCACAAGUAGUGCAAGUCGCUUAUGCCGAACAUUUACGAGUAUGGAAUAAUUUCAAAGAAUACUGCAACAAAAGAGAUAAAUCCUGGUUCGAUGGAAAAUUACCAUGCAGAAAUAAAAAUAAAAAAUCUGACUUCAUUUUAUCGUUCCAUAAGACCAUAGAAAGCACCAAGAAUUUAGGAUUCAAUUCUAGCAUGUCAAGGAUUCCAAUAGAUAGAAGUGGAUUUCUUCUAAAUGGUGCACACAGACUAGCAGCUGCAGUAAUUUUGUCGGAGGAUGCAAGCUUUGAACACCACAAAUAUACGCGACGUUUUCACUGGGGAUAUAAGUUCUUCAAAAGCCAAGGGAUGUUGGAGAUGGAGUUAAAUGUGGUUAUGUUAGAAUGGAUGAAAAUUCAAUUGAAGUUGAAGUUCUUGAACAAAACAGUAUCUAUUAUUUCCGUAUUUUCAAACAACCGCGGCAAAGAUAAAGCUAUGCGUGAAAUUGUGAAAGGACGAUGCUCAGCAGAUAAUGACAUUUUAUAUGAAAGAGAAAUCAACUUCACUAAAAGCGGAAUACGGCAACUGAUAUCUCAUAUGUAUGGACAACAAACUUGGCUGGAAACUAAAGUUCAACAGAUGCUGUUAAAUUAUAAUUCAACACACAAAGCAUUAUUUCUCUUUGUCUAUGCAAACGAUGCAAGGGCUCUAGUUCAGUGUAAACAUGCAAUAAGAAAACUUUACAAUGAUAAAGUUUUUAAAUCUACAGCUCACAUUCCCGAUAGCGCAGAGGAGAAUUUAAUAUUAGCAGAAAUGAUAUUAAAUCCGAAUUCUAUACAAUUCAUGAAUCACGCUAAGAAUGCGUCUGAGUGUAAAUUAAUUGCGAAAGAAGUUGCCAGUCGUUCAUCUAUAACACCAGUAAGUACACUACCAGGUAUAUACGUGGGUAGAGAUGACGUCAUGAUUGACUCUGGAACAGUGCUUGGUUUGUUCGGUCUGCGCAAACGAACAGAUGUUGACCUUUUAUUCUUACAUGAUAUUGAUAAGUCCUUACUUGGAAGUCGCCAUGGAAUUUCUGUACAAGCUCAUGCUUUUAAGAACAAUUCCGUCUCACAAGAACGUGCAUGGGGUGAGGACCAUUUCAGUGACAGUGGGCCAAAGGAUGCAUGGGAUUUAUUUUAUGAUCCUAAUAAUUUCGGGUACUGUUAUGGUAUUAAAUUUGUAUCAUUAAAACAGCUGGUUAGAUACAAAAUGAAGCGAAAUGAGCCAAAAAAGGACAGAUUUGAUGUAGAGCUUAUAAAUGAAUUCCUGGAUACCAAUUAAAUGAAUAUUUUAACUUGAUUUAGAACGGAUGUAUAUUACACUGCAACAUCUUAUGUCAAUAUUUGGUAUGAUAAUGUAAGGAGUGAACAGGACAGACAGAACAGAUUUUUAUUGUGCCCCCCCCCCUCCCCCUCCCAUGAGUGGUGGGGGCGGCAUAUAGAUUUGGUCUUAUCCGUGCGUGCGUCCGUCCGUCCGUCCGAAGGUCGUGACGCGCCUAGCUCGAAUAGUAUUUGAUACAAAUUGAUGGAACCUUGCAUGAGUGUUUAUCAUGAUAUGAACUUGCGCGCCUCCUAUUUUUCGUCUGGCUUUGCCCCCUAUUUUCAGAGUUAUGGCCCCUGAAAUAGUCAAAAAUGCACAUUUUCACCUUGUGACACGCCUAGCUCAAAAAGUAUUCGAUAUAAAUUGAUGAAACCUUGCAUGAGUCUUAAUCAUGAUAUGAACUUGCGCACCUCCUAUUUUUCAUCUGGCUCCGCCCCCUAUUUUUAGAGUUAUGGCCCCUAAAAUAGUCAAAAAUGUACAUUUUCACCUUGUGACAUGUCUAGCUCAAAAAGUAUUUGAUAUAGAUACAAGAAACCUUGCAUGAGUCUUGAUUAUGAUAUGAACUUGCGCACCUCCUAUUUUUCAUCUGGCUUUGCCCCCAAUUUUCAGAGUUAUGGCCCCUGAAAUAGUAAAAAAUGCGUAUUUUCACCUUGUGACACGCCUAGCUCAAAAAGUGUUUGAUAUAGAUUCAUGACACCUUGCAUGAGUCUUGAUCAUGAUAUGAACUUGCGCACCUUUCAAUUUUUCAUUGGGUCGGCCCCUUAUUUUCAGAGUAAUGGCCCCUGAAUAGUCAAAAAUGCACAUUUUUACCUUGUGACAUGUCUAGCUCAAAAAGUAUUUGAUAUAGAUUCAUGAAAAACUUUCAUGAGUCUUAAUUCUGAUAUGAACUUGUGCACCUCCUAUUUUUCAUUUGGGUCCGCCCCCUAUUUUUAGAGUUAUGGCCCCUGAAAUAGUCAGAAAUACACAUUUUCACCUUGUGAUGCAGCUAGCUCAAAAAGUAUUUAAUAUAAAUGGUUGAAAACUUGCAUAAGUCUUUAUCAUGAUAUGAAUUUGCACACCUCUAAUUUUUUGGCUGGCUCCACCCCCUAUUUUUAAAGUUAUGGCCCCUGAAAUAGUCAAAAAUGCACAUUUGUACCUUGUGACAUGUCUAGCUCAAAAAGUAUUUGAUAUAGAUUCAUGAAAAACUUGCAUGAGUCUUAAUUCUGAUAUGAACUUGUGCACCUCCUAUUUUUCAUUUGGGUCCGCCCCCUAUUUUUAGAGUUAUGGCCCCUGAAAUAGUCAGAAAUACACAUUUUCACCUUGUGAUGCAGCUAGCUCAAAAAGUAUUUAAUAUAAAUGGUUGAAAACUUGCAUAACUCUUUAUCAUGAUAUGAAUUUGCACACCUCUAAUUUUUUGGCUGGCUCCACCCCCUAUUUUUAAAGUUAUGGCCCCUGAAAUAGUAAAAAAAAUGCACUUUUUCACCAAAUUAUGUGCCUAGCUCAAAAAGUAUCAGACGUAAAUUCAGGAAACCUUGCUGGAGUCUUUAUUGUGAUGUGAACUUGCACACUUGGCAUUCCUCUUGAGAAUCUUAGCUCUUAUUACAGAGUUAUAGCCCGUGAAAUAACCAAAAUAGUGGAUUUUUUGUUUGUGAUGCUCAUAGCUCAAAAAAUUAAGGGCCUAGAAUAAUGAAUCAUUUUCAUAAAAUGAUUGUUGAGGCUAUACCCCAUUAAGACAUUUGAAUUAUUGGCCCUCAUUUAUGACAAAUGUACCAGUGGGGGCACACCCUGUGUCCUACAGACACAUUCUAGUUUCAACACAAAUGACCAGAACACAUUGAUUCAUAGUGGUAAUUUAAUGACAGAAUAUAUGCUAUGUAGUUCUAGUUUGGAUAUUGAAAUAGUGUAAUAUAGAGUAUGUUUGGUGGCAAAAGGAGCAACCAAUGCAUUUUAUACACGAUAUUAAGGGAACCCUAUAAUUACAAUACUCAGACCGCAAUUCUUUGCAGAUAGCAACAUUUCAUUUCUAUUUCAUAUUAAUUGCUAUAUUUUAUCAGGUUUGAUUAAUUGCAUCGUAAGAUAUCUCAAAAGCAAAUAAAUCGUUUCUUAAAGACAGCUUUUGGAAUGCUUCUGUGCGUGUAAAUAUUUCAACGGGAAUUGUGAUGUACCAUGUUAAAGUGUAUAUUCAGUAUUCUGUACUGUAUCCGUUUUAUUUUCAAUGUCACAUCGACCUACUUGUAGCAAUCAAGAUAUGUAAAAGAAUUGAACAAAUAUAUAGCAGAAAGGUGUUUAUAUCAAAUUAAACAUUCUGAAUCAGUUAUACGCCAUGCAGAAUAAUUCACUCUGGUUACGCCUGUACGUGAAAUUAUUUCAAACUGCAUAUGACUUCUUCGGUUUGUUUCACGCUUAUGCUUUAUCACUUAAUAAACACAAAAGUUUUUCGCGUGGUUUAUCGUCUGAUUUACUACUGUUCAGAGUUCAGAUGGGCAGGAAGUUAAUCAUAUGGACUUGUAAAUAUCCAAACAUUUGACCAAUUAACUGUUGAAUAUCAGACAAUAAAACAGGAGAAGAUCU